AUGACGUCAAUACUAGCUGCGCCAAUACUCCGCACCUCAGACGCGUGCCCAUUUAUACCGUACACGAAAGUCUCUGAUGAAUGGCGAAUAGCCUUCGCCGCCUUCCUCUUCACCUUCAGUGUAUUCGGCGUUUUUGCCAAUCUCUCACUUCUGCUAACUAUUCUUGCCAAUCAUCGAUUAUUCCUUCGAUUAGACGUCUAUCCAAUUACGCUAUCAAUGUCAUUCAUCGGCAUACUGUAUUUAUUGGCCAAUUUUGUGGUGGCUAUACCUGUGAUCCUAAACUCCUUCGAGUUCUUGGAAGACAUCAACCUGAUGAAAUCGCUCGCCGCCGUCAAUACCUUCACUUAUUACCUCGAACAAGCCUUUCUCCUUAUCAUUGCCAUCAACAGAUUUCUGCUCUUUUGCUCUCGAUGCAAGGACCAUACCGUGAAAGUGGUUACGCGCUCCCUGCACCUGGCCGCCUGGAUUUAUGGCUUUGCGCUGACGUUAAUACCUUCAUAUCUGGGAUGCUUCAAGAUUUACAGCCCCCGAAUUAUCGGCUUCACGUUCAGCUGCUCGCAGUGUGGAGGGGCCGAGAAUACCUAUGUUUAUGCGGAUCCGAACCGCUGUAAAGGUGUUGGUGAUGGAGCGGAAGCUGCUCACCAAAUGGGAACACGCCCGCAAGAACACAAUCUCAGCAAUUGCCAUCAAAUCGAUGGU